ACCUCACCACACCAACCAAUUCCACCAUCCCAUGGCCACCACAACUAUCCUUCGCCACCUGACACGCCGCCACAAUCACCACCGCUGCUGCCUCUCCGUCGCCGCAGCUUCCGUCGUCGAAGACACCAUCUUCUGGACCCAAGCCUCUCUCACUUCCAUCCACCCUGCGGCCGAGUCCCUCUACCACAUCUCCAUCGACGUAUCCGACUCGCCGGACCUGGCUACUUCCCACACCAAAGCUGGACAGUACCUCCAGCUUCGGGUUCCUCUGUACGAUGCCGUCUCGAGGCCCUCCUUCUUCGCCAUCGCUUCUCCACCUUCUCUCUCCUCAGUCCAAGGCGUGUUCGAAUUCUUGGUGAAGAGCGUUGCAGGGUCCACCGCCAAGCUUCUCUGUGGGCUCAACAAAGGGGAUGUGGUUGAACUGAGUCAGGUUAUGGGAAAGGGAUUCGAUAUUGAUCGAAUUUCUCCGCCCCAGGACUAUCAGUCUCUUCUGAUUUUCGCAACAGGAUCUGGAAUUAGCCCAAUACGGUCUUUGAUUGAGUCAGGAUUCAGUGCUGAUAAGAGAUCUGACGUGAGACUCUAUUAUGGUGCAAGAAAUCUAAAGAGGAUGGUUUAUCAGGAUAGAUUCAGAGAUUGGGAAUCUUCUGGAGUUGAUAUUGUGCCGGUUCUAUCCCGGCCGGAUGAUAAUUGGAAAGGUGAAUGUGGCUAUGUACAGGCUGCUUUCUCUAGGGCCAAAAGAAUUUAUUGCCCUCAAUCCACUGGUGCUGUGCUUUGCGGACAGAAACAGAUGGCUGAGGAGGUUACUUCUGUUCUUGUGGCCAAUGGAGUCUCAAGUCAGAAGAUUUUGAAGAACUUCUGA